AGAUUAAUAUGUGUUAUAUAUUCUAAUUAUAUUAUUUAUUUUUAUAUUUUAUUAAUUAUUUCUUGAAAUAUUUUUUUGUUUUUUGGAAUUUUUUAUUUCAUAAUUAUUUUAAAUAUUAUUUGAAGUAUUAUGUAUUGUAUUAAUGGAGAAAAAUUAGUAGGGCGCGUAAGUAGCACGACUAGGUAUGUUCUAACCAUUAAUGUACAUGCGCGUAUUAAAAGAUCUGUCAAACGAACGAACUGUAUUUGCAUUCUUCUAUUUUGUAAUAUUCAUAGUGUUUUUAGAUUAUGUAAAAUCAUGUGUAAAUGGUAUGAUAGUGUUCGUUAACUUUAUAAAUAACUAAUUAAAGUGAUUUUCUUAUAUUUCAACAUAAUUAAUCAUUUUCAAUAUUAUUUGCUAUAUAAUAAAGUUGUUAAAUUUAUAAAAGAUGAAUUUAUAAAAGAAUGUCAAAACAUGCAUCAUUGAAUGCAUUAAUAUUCAUAUUUGUGUAAUCUAACUAAAUACUAAGUAAAUACUAAAUAACAAAAAAACAAUAUUUGAUUCAUAUUCUCUUAUUUGCUUAAUUUUAUAUCUCGUUAUACUAAAAAAUACUAAAAAAUACUAAAAAAAUAACGAAUUUAUCGUUUUAUAUAUUUUACAAAUAAUUUUUAUGUUGAUAAUUUAAAAAUGCAAGCUAAUCUUCAAAAAAUAUAUUAUAAUAAUAUAAACUUUUAAAUAUUAUUUAAUUUCAUAAUGUAACAAUGUAAAAAAAGUAUAAUACUUAUAUCAAAUUGAAAUUUAAAAUAAUAUUAAAUUAUUAAUAAAUUAAAAUUAAUAAAUAAAUUAUUAAGACUUAUGUUCAAUUUACUUAUAUAAAUGAGUGUAAAAGAUACUUUUAGCUAAAUAUCCAUUUUUUUUUUAAAAACAUAAAUUUGAUAUGUUUAAAGAAUUCUUAAUACAAAAAUCAAUAUGGUUCGUGUAAUCACAGUACAUAAUUUUUUGGGGCAAAACAUCACUCAAAUUGAGGAACCAACUGCAAGCUGUAUAGCAAAUGCAUCUGGACAUGAAAUGCUUCUCUUAGCAUUAUCAACUCAUUGCAUUGAAGUUUGGGAUUUGAUGAUGUCUGAUAUUAAACUACAUACUGUUUUUCCAACAGUUGAUAUGAUUAAUCAAAUGAUACAUUGUACCAAAGAAGAUUAUGUUGUAACAUUGGAAUCAAAAUUAUCUAGAGAUGCAAGCAUUAAUAAUCAUACAGGGAAAGCAAUUAAUAAUUUUGUUAGAAUUUAUGUUAAUUGGGCUAUGGUAAAAGAUCAAAGUCAACCUAUGCGUGCUAGAAUAGCAGGACGUGUUACACCAAGUUUGAAUCGACCAUUGAAUAGUUUAGAAAUGAUAGAAUUACCUUUAAGUGUACAGCCUACAUUAAUUGCUUGCUGUCAAAGUACUGGUAAUCUUCUAGUAGCUUCAGGAAAUAGUGCUAUUCUGCAUGAAUUCAAAAUUGAAACACAGCAAGUAUCAAAGAUGAAAUUUAUAGAUUUUGAGGCAAGACCAUGGUCUUUGGGAUUUUCAUUUUCUCCUACACAUAUGGAAAUUAUUGAAGAUUUCAUAUUAAUUAUGGAUAAGACAAAUUUAUGUGUUUUUCGAUUGGCUAAUUCAAUGUAUGAAGACAUUGAUCAAUUGAGUUCUUUAACUUCCACAAAUUCCUCAUCCAUUGAUAAAACAUCAAUAUCCACAGAUUCUUCUCUUGCAGAAAAUAGCAAUAAUAUGAAUAAUCAAGAUGAUAACAUAAUAUUGCAAGGAACAAAUUCAAAAUGUAAGAGUUCUAAUCAAGAUCCUUAUUUCAUUUUAUCAGAAAAUAAUGAUUCUACUGGAAUAAGCACAAAAUUUAAAAGUAAGAGAUACAAAAGUUCUAAAAUAAAUAUAUGGAACAAACUAGACACAGGAGAUUUCAGAAAAAUAAAAUCUAAUAAUAAUGAUAAUAUUAUAAAUUUGGAUCACUUAAUGUAUAAUGAAAAAGAUGAAUUACAAAGAUUAAUUGAUCAAGAAAUUAUUGAUGGAAAUUCACAAGCCUUGACUAUUAAUUUGCCAUCUAUAAGUUUAGAAAGAGCAGGACCUGGACAUACUUUAAGUCCUUUUAUAUUAAACCCAUCAGAUAUAAGAAUUAUAAUUAAAACAAAUUCUCCUGAUUUAGGAUGGUCAGAAAAUUAUACAAUAAAAAAUUUGUUAUCUCUUAAAAUAAUAGCAGCUAAUAAUAAACUUGAUGGAAAUUCUGAAGUAUUCAAUUGUUCUUUACUAAAACCAUUAUACAUGAGAAAGGAAUGUAAUAAUUCUUAUUUGAAAAAAUCAAUUCUUAGAUCAGAUAAAUAUACAUAUUUGCAAGGUGUUAGUUGUUUUUUAAGCACUUUGCAAGAAGGAUAUCUUUAUCACUUUUCUGCUACUAGUUCAAAUCCUACAGAUGUAACUUGUUUAACUACUUAUCCAUUUACUGCACCUGUUAAUCAAGUAGCAUUGGAACAUACUGCUUUGCAUGCAUUGACUGAAGCUGGUCUUGAAUCUUACACAUUACGUUUAUCUCAUCAUGUUGCAAGAACAUCAAAUAAUUUAGAAAAUUUAAGAGUAACAUGUCCUAAUGUCUCUGAGCCAGUCUGUCUAAUCGGAUUAAGACCAUUUUUAGGAAUACAAAAACUAUUACAUAGUAAAAAUUAUCUAAUUCUUUUAGCCAAAGCUGAAAAUUCCUGGACUUUAUAUUCUUUAAUUUUACCCAAAUUGGAAAAUUUAUAUUAUGAUAUCUUAAAUGCAGCCAGAAGUCAUAAAUCUUCCAGUCCUAGUACAUACCGACAUUUGUUAGGGGAGGCUCAUGCUUUGAUACGUUUAGCUAAAGAUGCUGUGUAUAAUUGCUUAGAUAUUAAUGAAUUUGACGAUAUCGCUAAUAAAAAUGGAUUGAAAUUGAAAAAUUUAUACAAUCAAUCUUGCGCGUUGCUUGGAGAUUAUUAUAUUCGUUCUGAAUAUGAAUCGGAUUGGGAUUUUUGUAUACCUUAUUACAAAAUGUCGGGAUUAAAACCCUCAGAAGUAUUAUCUAGAAAAUCAAGUCAAGAUGCUCCGGGACUCGUUACUUUUUUAACAGAUAUUCUUCUCACAAUGAAAAGUGGUUCAGAAGCUGAUGCGUUGUUUCAAGGAUUUAAUAUUGUAGAAAUGAUAUGUAAAUUGAAAAAAUCGGAUUUAUUGAAAUUGAUUUUUAGUAGUCCUGUAUUACGAGAAUAUACCACCGAAAAAUUAAUUCAUCUUUUAUUAUUAUAUGAAACAGAUGAGUUAGUUAAAUUAGCUUUAGCACUCUUAUAUAUACAAGCUGAAAAACAGGAACAAGCAGAAAAAAUAAUUGAACCAGUUUCGGCAUUAUAUAUCAAACGAAUAGUUUUAGAACAUUGGGAUCUUUUGUUUGAUAUGACAGCAAUGAAAAAAAGAAGUCCAAUGAUUCCGACAUUUUCGGAUUUUGCUGGAAUGUUAAUGCGUCAAAAAAAUUUAACUUUUGCCGAAAUUUUAAUACAAUUAAUAGAAGACGAUGGAAUUUUAUCUCUCCAUCAAAUUAUACAGGUAUUUUUAGAAUAUUUGCCGUCAAGAGUAGGACGGGAUGGACAUAAUGCAGCAAUGACAUUACAAAUUUUUCUUGAAAAAUAUCUUCAUAAUUACUUCAGUACAAAAUUGAUUAUAGACUCAUCUGUUAUAAAUAAAAAUCAAAUACGCACAGAUUUCGCUCUUGUUGAAGCAUUUAAAUUAUUAGUACGGUCAUACUUAGGCAAAUUAACUCAAACUAAAGUAUACAAAAUAGAAAAUAGAGAAAAUAUGCAAGAAAAUUAUGAUAACUUCAUAUUUAUCAAAUUUAGACCUCAUUAUUUAAACGGGAUGCCACCGUAUGCGAAAGAUUAUCAAAAAGUUUUGAAUAUGUGCGAUUUACAAGAUUUAGUUGAUAUCGAUAAGACUGAUUCUGAAAAAACUAUACCAACAGAAUUGUUUAAAUUACAAUCUGUAUUAUCUUGCGAUUUUAUACCAAAUGAAUGUUUAUAUGAAGUUAAACAAUUUCUUGAAACACAAGAAAUUCAUGGCAGUUUAUCUUUAAAAACGUUAUGUAUUCAAAAUACAGAAGAAACAACAACACUUCUAAUGGAAAAUUGUCCUCAAGCAGUUGUACAAUAUGCGAAGGAUACGUAUACUAAAGAUUCUGAAUGGAAGUAUUUAAUUGAAUUAACACAAAAUAAAAUUUCUACAACAAAUACUCGACAAGAAUUGCAAUGUUUAUAUACGCAAAUUAUGAAAGCAAUUUUAAAUUAUCUACCACAUACAUUAUCUUUAAAAAGUCUACAUCGUGUUCUUCCAAAAGAUGAUAUAAUAACAUUUCAAAAAUGCAAUGAAAUGUGUAAUCAAAUUAUGCACGCCGAACAUGUUAAAUCGCUAAUAAUGGAAACUGGGCAACAACUUUUAUCAACAUUAAAAUUAUGAGCGAUAAUUUUAACUGAUCAAUUUCGACGACGAUAGGUCCAAUUUAACUUAUUUAUAUAAAAAAAAAAAAAAAAAACUGAAAAAUUUAAAUGCAACAAGAAAUUAUGUUGUAUAAAAAUUAUAUAUAGAGAAAAUAGAUUUGAAAUGAAUUGUACUUAAUCGAAUUUGAAAACAAUAGUUUUUCAUGUGAUAACUUUCAUGGAUUACAAAUUUUUGCUUAAAAUUACCUGACUUUUAGAAAUAAUUUUAAUAAUUUUUUUGGUCACUUUUUGAUUAUUAAUGAUUCACUUUUUUACUUACAUAUGUAUCUUUUCAUUCAUUAUAUCAUAAUUUUACAAAUCAUUCUUAGAUAUAUAAUUUACUUUAUAAUAUAUUUCUAUUAUUUAUAUAAUAUUUUUGAAAGUAUAUAUUUUUCUUAAUCCAAUUAAUUAAAAUAUUCAAUUUUUGUUACAAUUUUAAUUAUAUAAGAUUUUUCAUGGAUAAAGUUGUAUUAACAAAUUAUCAAAAACUAAAGACAAAUACUAUAGAUAAAACUAAUUCACUACUAUUAAUUGUUGAAAUGUUCUAUAUAGAUAUAUUAUAUUAUGUCUGGACGUAUGUUAUCUUUCCCUUAGCUAAUAAAAUAGUUGAAUCAUAAUUAUGAAAAGUUUAUACAAAACCAAGCAUAUAGAUAUUAAAAUUUUACAGUGUUAUAUAUAAUAUUUAAUCUGAUAGAUUGCUUUAUAUAUUGAAGUAAGAAAUUUUGUAGUAGUGAUCAUUAUAUUUUUGACUACUGUUUGAAUAUUUAUAAGAAUUUGUUAAAAAUUGUUUAUAUUUUAACCGCUAAGGGCGGGGUGGCAUGUGUUUAAGAAAUUAAAUAUUAAGAUACUUUUUAUUAUAUUUGUUGAUCCUAUAAUGUAUUUUCAUCACUUUUUAAAUGUUACAAAAUAUGUAACUUUGAUGUGCCUUUAGGACUAAUUUCUCUUUGUUAUAUAUAUGUAAAUCUAAUGUAAUUAUGUUAGAAGUGAUCUAUGAUAUUUAUAAAUUAUAAUAGAAAAUAAUAUAUAGCUUUAACUCAUAA